GCCAGUGACAAUUCACAAUCAUCAUUUAAGUAUCAGCCGUUUUUGACACAGUUCUCUCCGCUCGACCGCUCGACUUUUGUUAAUUCCGAGCUAUUUUAGAAAGUUUAGCUAUUUCGUGAAAAAUGUUUUGCAUUCGAAGUAAACCCUCUAAGUUUAUGCCAAAUAUAGUUAAAUAUUUGAAGUGUCGCGAAAAUUUUGGCAAACCAUGUUACGUAGGAGCCCAAAAGUGCAUGUCCACAAGCGCUGCGGGAAAUUCUACAACUGCAAUCAAGCUGAAGGCACGCAAAUUGAAUCCUAAUGAAAACUAUGGUCAACCGACACCGUGGACGCAUCCUCACAUGUUGACCCCGGGUGAAAUCGUACCUGGAAUAACCCUCGAUGAAAUUCGAAUGAGACGAAAUAAUCUUGCCCUGAAUAUCCAAAAGUUUGCUGUGGACCAGUCGAAAGCACUAAAAAAACAUUUGAUUGUGAUACCUUCGUCAACCAAAAAAUAUAUGAGCGACAAAAUUCCAUAUGUGUUCCGCCAAAGUUCAGAUUUUAUGUAUUUGACGGGCUGUUUGGAACCCGAUUCAGUUCUACUGUUGCUUAUAAAUGAAAAAUCAGAGCCAAAGUCAAUUUUAUUUAUGCGGCCAAAAGACAAACACGCAGAGUUGUGGGACGGGCCACGGACCGGGGUCGACCAGUCAGUGGACUACUUUGGGGUGGAUGAAGCGUAUGAUGUGGAGCAGCUAGAGCAUUUUAUUCAGAGAUACCUCCGGACUGAAACCCCGCUCACUUUGUGGUAUGAUAAACGAUCAUCAGAUCAAGAAAAAAUCACGAAAAUUCUAGAGACUGCAGCAAAAACCCUUACCCCCAGCACGACAGAGUCACCAACAGCAUUUAUUCACAAAAUGCGUCUGAUCAAAUCCCCAGCAGAAAUUAAUCUAAUGCGAACAACGUGUGAGAUAGCGUCUGAAAGCAUCAACCAAACAAUAGCUGACACACGACCAGGCGAUUGCGAACACCACAUCUUCUCGCGUGUAGACCACUACUGUCGAAUGCGCAACGCCAGUUUCCUGGCCUAUCCACCAGUAGUGGCCGCAGGCAAAAAUGCCACAACCAUUCACUAUAUCAAUAACAAUCAACUGGCCCGAAACGGAGAGCUCGUCUUGAUGGAUGCAGGAUGCGAAUACGCAGGCUAUACUAGCGACAUUACGAGAACUUGGCCAGUAAACGGACAUUUCUCAACGAUACAGAAGGUCCUUUACGAGGUUUUGUUGACUGUGCAGAAAGAAUUGAUCAAUACGCUGCUUACGGAAGGUGGACGGACACUUGAUGAUCUCUUCGAUACGAUGUGCAUGAAAUUAGGAAAAUAUCUGCAGGAAAUCGGCUUGAUACCGAAGAAUUUGAAGACAUUGGACCUUGCCAAGGUCGCAUACAGUUUCUGUCCGCAUCACGUCUCCCACUACCUCGGCAUGGAUGUGCACGAUACCCCGCUCAUCUCACGUAGUAUUCCUUUGUUACCGGGAAUGGUGUGUACUGUAGAGCCCGGCAUUUACAUAGCUUCCGACAGAAUGGAUGUUCCUACAGAGUUCCGUGGAAUCGGAAUGCGCAUCGAAGAUGAUGUUCUCAUACAAUCAUCGAACAGUGUUGAAGUCCUCACUCAGAAAUGUGUAAAAGAAAUAGUCGAUUUGGAGAACUUAGCCAAAUAACAUAUGUCUUUUCUGUUUAUUGGAUAUUUUCUUUCAUUUUGUAAAUACUACUGGCAAUUAUAUAUUUAAAAUUGAUCCUAA